UGGAUGACGUGCCAUUGCACCUACUCUUUGCAUCACAGCUGUGCCCCCAGCUGUUCACUUCGCCAUUGGUUACCAUUUCUCCUGAUUUCUUAUUAUUCUCUCUCUCCUUAGGCAACAUCUGUUAUCUUAAGCAAACUGAGAAAAUCUGACCAAUAACCAUGUUUGUUGUUUUAUUUUUGUAAUCAGAACUGAACCAGUACAUUUUAAGCAAAUAUGUAGUCAAUUUAGGGUCGGAGAGAGAAAUAAGGACCAAAAAUAAAAGGAAUGGCUUUUAGGUGGGGGAAGAUAGGGGUACAAAUUCCAAAGUCUUGUAUGUAUGGCAUGCUAACAUUCCAAACCCCAAACUUCACUUUCUUUCUUCCGUUUUUCACCUUUUCGUCACUUGCGCUUUGCUUCACACACGUUGUGUCAUAAUAGUAUUCCUUUUUCAUAUUUUGUUGGAGUUGAAAAAAAAAAACGCAAAUGUGAGAAGAACUAAAAAGGAAGAUUACGUUUACGAUUAUAACAACUCUUUUUGUCUGAACUUAUAUAUCAUAACAACUCAUUUUCCACUAACAAAGAAGUCCUUGUGACUCAUAAUUAGAUGUAGAUCAUUACUACUAUCACGAUUUCCCUUCCGGGGUUCUUAUUGUUCCUUUGUUUGUUAAAAUAGCGAAGGCAAUGAAACCUUUGAAUAUUCACUAGAUCGGUAACCAAGCGGCGUUACUAAAACCCAAACUAGCCUUUCUUAUGCUCAUUCUUUUGUUGUAAGCCCAUCUUCCGAUUCGGCCCACUUUUAUUAGCAUUAAAAUUAAAUUCUAAAUUUGCCAAACACUGUAUAGCUGGAUAGAUCCGGCGAGGGAGAGGAUAGAUAGAUCCGGCGACGCGAUGCUGUUAAGCGCUUCAGCGACUCCUCUCCGAUUUUGUGGGUUUGUUCCCGAGAAACCCUGUCGUGGUGUGCGCAUGAAACAAUCAAUUCGGUCAUCAUCGUCCAAUAACUUCGAUCUGAGGACGUAUUGGACAACCCUAAUAACGGAGAUCAACCAGAAGCUGGACGAAGCGAUACCAGUCAAGUACCCUGCAGGGAUCUAUGAGGCGAUGAGAUACUCAGUCCUCGCUAAAGGCGCCAAGCGUGCCCCUCCUGUAAUGUGCGUGGCCGCCUGCGAGCUCUUCGGUGGCGAUCGACUCGCCGCUUUCCCCACCGCAUGUGCCCUUGAAAUGGUCCACGCGGCUUCGCUGAUUCACGAUGACCUCCCCUGUAUGGACGAUGAUCCUGUCCGCAGAGGAAAGCCAUCUAACCACACUGUCUUCGGCGCUGACAUGGCCAUUCUGGCUGGUGAUGCCCUCUUCCCACUCGGCUUCCAGCACAUUGUCUCUCUCACCCCUCCUCACCUUGUUCCCCGAUCCACCAUCCUCCGUCUCAUCUCCGAGAUUGCCCGCACCGUCGGCUCCACCGGCAUGGCUGCAGGGCAGUACGUUGACCUCGAAGGAGGCCCCUUUCCUAUUUCCUUUGCUCAGGAGAAGAAAUUCGGAGCCAUGGGGGAGUGCUCAGCCGUCUGUGGAGGUCUCUUGGGUGGUGCCACUGACGAUGAGCUUCAGAGUCUCAGAUUGUACGGCAGAGCUGUUGGGAUGCUGUAUCAGGUGGUGGAUGACAUCAGAGACGACGACAAGACGAAGAAGAAGAAGAGCUAUGCGGGAGUCUUUGGUUCAGAGAGGGCAAUGGAAAUGGCAGAUGAGCUUAGUGUAAAGGCCAAGAAGGAGCUGCAAGUGUUUGACAAGUAUGGAGACGCAUCGGUUGCUCCUCUCUACAGUUUCGUUGACUACGCUGCUCACCGAGACUUCCUUCUUCAUGUCUGAAUAUUGAUGGGCCUGUUUUCUUUUCGUUUUGGGCUUUAUCUGUUAUCUACGUGUAUCAUAUUAUUUGUUAGCCACGUAAAAAUUGUGUGUGUUUAAUAUGAAUUAACUGGUAGAUUAUAUUUUGUUUGAACAAGUGUACCCCUAUGUUCAAAGUGUUUUCCAAAAUGGAUCUUGUCCAUCUUGGUUGGAUGAUCUAUUUGUUAAUGAAAGAAUUAGCAUGUGA